AUGUGCGUGAGAUACAAACUCAUAGCACAAGUGUUAGGUUUUGGAAGCUUGUUUCUCCUCGGAAACUCUGUCGCAAGAAAAAUCUGGGAAGGAUGGUUACCAUUAGAAGGUCCACAUUUCGAGAUUGUGAUGGAACAUUUGAAAGAAAAAGAUACAAUUCCUAUGGGAAAACUGUACGAGAAAAUUGCCGAGAGAAUAAACAGCAGCAUUCAAAAUUUGGUGCCAAAUUCCCGAUCCAUAUUGUCUCCAAAACGGAAGUCAGAUCACCAUUUGAACGGGACAAAUAAGAGGAACAAGAAUCUAACUACAAUGAAUUUUGUGUAUGAUAAGGGAGAUGGUGUCAAAGCCCAGCCGAACGCCGCGGAUUUCCCGAAUCAUAUUGCAAACUUCGCAGAUCAAAUCCACUAUCCUGUAAUCGAUCAAUUCCAAGAUGAGGCCGCGGUAACACUACCUGCUUCCAGUAUAUCCUGUGUAUUGAAGACAAAGUUGAACGGAGAAGACUAUAGUGUAGAGUCUACGCUAGAAAAGCAAUGGCCGUCAACUAAAGAUACUUGCUCAUCAAUUUCUGGAAUUGAUUCAAACCCCUUUCAACUAUCAAAGGGAAUUUCACAUAAGCGAGAAAGUGUUAUUUUCGGCCCUAUCUAUAGCAUGAAACAUAAUAUCGACGAGCGACAGACUUAUGACGCGAAGGAAGGGAAAUACCCUGAGAUGGACAAGCUAAAGUAUUACCUUGGAACCCGCCUUUUGGAAGGUAUAGAUGAAUCCAGAAUGAGAAAAAAGGAAAAAGCAGGUUCGAUUCUCAGAUUUUCCAAAACUGUGAGCUUGUUCGUUCCUAUUAUCGAAGGCAAGGACUUUACCUUGAAGGUCACGCUCUCUAAAUCGUUCGGAAAAACGGUUUUGCAAGUAAUAAAUGUGGCACAAGAUUUGCACAAACUGCUCGGUGCUUUUAUUUUCAAAGCUAUGAAUGAUAGCAAGACGAUGUUCCAAGCGAAGCGGGAGGGAAUACCAGGGUUCAAGAGCGCUGUCACUGUGUCUUUCGAGGAUGAUGAUCAUCAUGAAAGUGAUUGUGAGGUGGCAAUAACGUUGAAUUAUUUGCUGGCCUAUGAAAUUUUUGUACAUGUGUUUAUGAGUUCUUAG